ACGCGCAAUAUUUCACGUUAAAGUGUGAUACAGUUAGCAUACGCUAAAUUGACACCGUUGGCAUGGGUGCUCUCUGCCACUCGAUCAGAUCAGUACUAUUAAUACCUAGCUUUAACUGACGCAUCCUUGAUGGCAAGGAGAUUAAACGUUAAGUCUCGUUUACACUCAGAGCUCGUUUUUUCUAGUGAUUGCGUGCCGAUUAUCCUCGAUGUGAUUGGAAGAAAAUACUCGUCUCUCUCUUAUGCUUCAUUUUUCAUCUACUCUGUUUUUCGUUGAUCAUCUAGCCGUUAACUGUUCAUUUAUUUACAAUACUGAUAGUUAGUAGUUGAGAAAAAACUUUCAAAUGAGGUAUAUUUUGAGCAAAAGGCAAUGGUGAAAAAACAAAUCAUUGAUAGCAAUUUAUAGUUAAUGCAGUUUCUCGGCUUCUUUGAUUCGUUUUUCUUUAAACAACGGGUAUUGUAUCUAGAUUUCUAAACUAGUUCUUGUGAAGAAAUGAAAAAGUCAAAGACGCGUAUUGCAAAAGCACGGACCAAUCACAAAACUAGUUGCUUUUGUUCACUAUCUGUUUGUUUGGUCUCUCUUGCUGAAUGCCAUGGAUUAACUUUGGCAAAUUAAUUAACCGUUAACAAAAGCUGCACUUGAUCACUUUUGAAUCAAUUGGAAAAUAAACUGCCCAGGUAAACAAACUUCAUAAUCCUAUAGCAACUGCUGAAACACGAGUGUGAUACACACUUUACAGUUAAUACAAUAGUUAUUGACUUCGCGCCAUCAAGAUUUUAGCAAUGGCGUUCGUCUUGCAAGAGCGCAAACAGAUUUCACCGUUUAAUAUUCUGAUGGGAACAAUUUCUAGUCAGCUCAGCCGCGAAAACAUAAGGAAGAUUAAAGUACAGCUUCGCGGGCAUGUCAACAAAGAACUUCUCAGCAGACUGAAAGGCGGCUUCGAUAUAAUGCAUAUUCUUCAAGACCGUGGAUUAGUUAGCGAGAAAAAGCUGUCUUUCCUACGAAAACUUCUACAAGACUGUGAGUUAUUUGCACUUAUUGAAUUACUGGAUGAAUACAAACAAGCUGUACAUGUGAUGAAUGGCAAGUCCAAGGAAGGCGAUAACAACACCUUAACCACUCGAAGAAUUAACACACUUCAGCGAUUGAUGGGAAGACAGUUGGAAGAAUUAGCCAACUGUUCCGCGAGAGGAAACGACUUAAAGAAGACUCUGGAAGAGAAACACGCCCUGCUUGAUUCACAAAAGGAAAUUAUUAUCGUUGGACAAGAAGCUAUCGACAGCAUUAACGAGCACAGAGACCUGACUGAACAAGAAAAGAGUGUAGUCGAGGAGAGAGCGCAAGAAAAUGAAGCCAUGUUACACGCACAAGAGAAAGAAUUCAAGGAGCUGCUGAGUCUGUUAGGAGCGAAGGAUAAAGCUCCCAAGAAAAGCGGGAGGAUUGAUAAGAGGAAGACUGUAUUUGAUAAACACACUAACGAAAAAACAAGCAAAACUUUGGAGACACUGAGUAAGCAACGAGACGAAAAACAAGAAACUCUGAAAAAAACGGUCAAGUCUGUGGACGACAUUCGAACACAGUUGUUAGCCAAACGCGAGGCAGUGAGACACUGUAGUGAGGCUGUGUUCCUCAAGACAAACGAACUAGUAGAUGUUGAUCAAUGUAUUUUGGAAACGAUGGAAGAUGUUAGAAAAAUAAAGCAAGAAAUUCGUCAAAAUGAAUUCGAUUUGUUCGAUCUACAGCAACAAAUCGAGGAAACACAAGACGAAAUUGAACGAACAAGAAAAAAUGGAAUCGCAAAUAAAGCUUUCAAAAUACCUCUCUGGAGACUGGAAAGCCCCGAGAAACACAAAUCAAAGGGGUUAAACUAUUCAGAAGUUCUCGAGGAAAACUCUUAUUCUCUUGGAUCUCUGGGCAUGCGCUCUGUUCCUCUCCAGUUCGACUUCCCAUGCUGCGUAGCGAGCCACAAUGGACUUAUCUAUACUGCUGACCGCAGUAACUGCCGCGUGCUAGUGUUUGACGCUGUUGGCGAACUUUCUCGGGAACCAAUUGAAUUUGGUAGCACAGGUCCAGUGGCCAUUGCAGUCAAUAAACGAGGAAAUAUCGUAGUAACGGACUCGCAGAUAAUCAAGGUUUUCAGUUCGGAUGGGGCGUUAUCGCAUAAUUUUCUCCCCGUUUACAGCAAGAGAGAUACAAGACCCGAGAUUUCUGCACUAACGCUGGACAGGGAGGGGAAUAUAUUAGCAGCCGACCGGCCGAACCACAGAAUUCAGAAAUUUCGCAUUGACGGCCAUUUCUUGGGCUUCAUCGGUGGCUCAAUGUACCUGCAGUAUCCAAGCGGAGUGGCCAUCACCAAGAAUAACGACGUUGUUAUCUCAGAAUGCGAGAGCCAUCAGCUUAAGAUUUUCCACGAGCAUGGAAAAUCUUUCACUGUUGUUGGCCGUAGCGGAGUUGGGAAAAAUCAGUUGAUGAACCCCAGAGGACUUGCAGUAGAUUAUGAAGGAAAUAUUCUAAUAGCCGAUAGCUUGAAUCACCGAAUUCAAGUGAUAGACUCACAAGGAAAUUUCAUUGGUAGUUUUGGACGGUUAGGUUCGGGUCCCGGAUGUCUAGAUACCCCGUAUGCAUUGGCUGUAAACCGUCGAGGUCACGUAAUAGUCGCAGACAGUGGAAAUCACCGUAUAACAUGUUUUACUUGAGAGAGUUUUGUAAUAGUAAUAGGACCGAGUGGAGUACAUCCAGCUAGGGAGUAAUCGUGCAAGUUAUUUCAAAAUCGGACGAGCGAACAGCGCGAGGGCGAUUUGAAAUUACAAGCACGUUUACCUUCUGAAUUGCACGACACGAGAAAGUCGUUUGAAUUCCAAAAGUAUUUGUAUAGUUCACAUUGAACUAUAACUCAACAACUUAAACAAAACAAUAUGUAUUAUGUUCAUUUUGUUCUCUAUCUCUUGUUCUUCUCUGAUUUUCUCUUGUAACAGACCGGAUUCUCUUCCAUUGUGUAAAAUCCCUUGCAAUUACAGAUAAACAGUUAUUCUUUUCAA